CUUUUGUCUUUGCCACGUGUCGUGUCCUAGAUAUUAAUAGAUUCUAAAGGAUCCUUCAUUGUUAACUGAUAAGUUCAGGUAAUUUGAGGCUUUAAGAGCUACGGUAAAGAUUUGAUAAUGAUCAUGGGAUAUAUGGUAUGGGAUAAUGAUGGGGAUUUUUAUAAUUUAUGUAUAUGUAUAUCAUUUGUAUCGCUGCAUCGCAGUUCUACGAUUCUAUUGUCAAUACGGUUUUAUAUCUAUUAUUUUAUAUACGAGAUUGUUGAUUGGUGAAAAAUUAUCGUCUAUUAUCUGUUUGAACAAAUAAGGAAAGUUUAUACAAUUUGCGAUAAGGGGCAUAAUUAACCACGAGCUUCCGUUUACUAGAUACAGUUUGUAUGGCUCGUGUAGAAAAAUAAGACUAGGACGGUGAUUGUCUCGCUUUAUUCUCUUGUGGUUUUCCACCAUUACUGUAUUUGUUUAAGGAAAAAUGGCUUCUGGCGAAAAAGUUUCUCCUUCGAGAAUGCGUGUUUGCGUUGUGGGUGCUGGCGCUGCUGGACUUUGUGCUGCUAGACAUCUGGCGGCAGACACCGAAAGCUUUGAACCCGCUGUUUUUGAACAGACUAACACUGUAGGUGGUACUUGGGUUUAUAAUGAGAAGACUGGGGUUGAUGAAUUUGGAUAUCCUAUACACUCUAGUAUGUAUUAUAAUCUGAGAACUAAUUUGCCUGGGAAGAUUAUGAAUUUUCCAGACUUCAGCAGACUCGGAGAGAUGGAACAUGGCUAUGUUACUCAUCAGCAAGUUUUGCAGUACUUGAGGAACUAUGCUGAUCAUUUUCAGUUACAUAGAUUAAUUCAGCUUAAUGUCAGGGUAGAGAAUAUUAAGCCAAAGGUGAGCUCCGAUCUUGCAGAAAGUAGCAAGUGGAAUGUUCGUAUAAAGAAUUUGAAAACCCAGAAUAUCGAAGAAAGAGAAUUCGAUGCAGUUUUAAUUUGCAAUGGGCAUUUUUUUGAACCGAACAUACCAUCCAUACCAGGAAUAGAAACGUUUCCAGGAACGUUUCUUCAUAGUCACUCGUACAGGAAACCAGAGGUAUAUUCAGGCAAGACUGUAAUUAUUCUAGGAGCAUCUUCUUCUGGUACUGAUAUUGCAAUUGAAUUACAUAGUCACGCCUAUAAAGUAUACCUCAGUCAUCAUAAUGCCAGAAUUACUAGUGUACUUCCAUCUAACAUCAUUCAGGUCGACGCAAUUGAGAGAAUCAGCGUGAAUCAGUUUUUUCUAAAGGAUGGCACUUCCGUUUCAGCUGAUACAUUCAUUUUUUGUACCGGAUACAAAUAUAAAUUUCCGUUUCUCGAUGAAAGUUGUGGGAUUCAAGUGGACGAUAAUUAUGUUUCUCCACUGUACAAACAUUUGAUUAACAUAGCACAUCCUACUAUGUGCCUUGUUGGGAUACCUUUUGUUGUCAUUCCAUUUCCAAUGUUUCACAUGCAGGUGCAAUUUUUCCUGAACCUCCUCAAAGAACGUUUUCAACUGCCUCCUAAGGCAGAUAUGCUUGAAGAUGCAAAAUUGAAGAUUCCGCUUAAAAGACAUGCUCAUAAGUUAGCUAAUAAUCAGUGGGAUUACAAUAACAAUUUGGCAGAUAUGGGGGGAUUCAAACGUUUACCUAAGUUUUACAGAAUCGGAUAUAUGGCCUCACAUUCACAAAGGUUAACAAAUCUCCUUAAUUACAAGAAAAGUGAGUUUAUUUUAUCAGAAGAUGGUGAAAGUGUACAGAUAAUUAAUCACUAAUCUGUUAAAUUAAAAAUGUUAGUUUAUCUUGUUGAUUUUACUUAUAAAUAAAAUUUUACUGUAACCAUGA